AUGUCAAGUCAAAUUUGUAUUAUUGGUGGUGGUGGAUAUUUUGGACAACAUAUUGCUGAACAGUUACAAAAAAAUGGCCAUCAUACUGUACUGCUUGAUAUAACAUUUACAGAUGUGCCAUUAGUAAAAUUGGAGGAAACUCAAACAACGCGAUACGUAGGCAGUUUUCUGAAUCAAGAUUUGUUGUCUAAAGCACUGCAAAACUGUGAAAGUUGUUAUCACAUUGCAGCUUACGGAGUUCGAGGAGGUGCCUCGUUGAACAAAAAGAAGACAUAUCAGGUAAAUGUUGAGGGAACAAAACUGGUUGUUAAAUACUGCAAAAUUAAUGGCGUUAAACGCUUAAUAUACACCAGCUCUGUAAGUGUUAUCUUCCAAGACAAAGAACUUGUUGAUUCCGACGAAACUGUUCCAUAUCCGCCGUUGUCAAAGUUUUAUUCGCCAUAUAGUGUAACAAAAAUGAUUGCCGAACAAUAUAUACUGGAAAAUGACUGCGACGAUUUUAGAACAUGUGCCCUUCGAUUACGUGGAAUCUAUGGGCCUGGUGAGCCAAAUAUGGUAAAACAGUGCAUUGCGAUGCUGUUAGCCGAUACGGCACUCAGUAAAGGACGUGCUUGUGGUCAGGUAUACAAUAUCGUUGAUGAAGGACCUGUUGGAUCUAUGACAUUUUGGUUGCCGCUUAUUCAAGCAAUUGGAAAACCAUAUCCAAAAAUUCGAAUACCUUAUAUGAUUAUGGUUUAUGCGGCACAUCUUUCCGAAAUUCUUUAUCAUUUGUUUGGUAUUGAACCAAUUUUUACACGACUGGAGGUUAAUUUGAUGGCCAUUACAAAUACCUAUUCAAUUGAGAAAGCUAAAAAUGAUUUGGGUUAUACACCGGUGGCUAAUCACGAUUUAACAAAAGUGGUUAAAUAUUAUCGGCAAACAUGUCAAACAGCUCGACAUCGUUUACCGUCGUUACAGUUACUGAACGGAGGCAGCGUUGUUGUUGCACUGUUUUCUUUUCUAAUAUUUUUAUGGUUUCUUACUCAAUGGUUUUAA